UAUAUACUUGUUAUUUUUAUAAAUUGCUUAUAUUCCAUCAUAUUUAUUGGAUAAUAAAGUAUUAUCUUGUCACACAUACAUAUUAAUUUAUAUCAGUUACAUAAAAAUUUAUGAAUAUACUCUAUUAAUUUAAAUAUUUGGUGCUACUAAAUUUUUUCUGUAAAGAAAUCAAUAGAUUAAUCCUUAUGGGAAGGUCUGAAAAUGUAAUGUAUAAGUUGUCACAAGAUAUAAGUCUAGUCUAGUUUACUAUAAAUACUUGGUAUUGCACAAGGCCAAAUAGGACAGAGAGUUAAAAAUAAGUAAAUUCAUAACAGUGCUUGUCGUAGCAAUUCUCUCAUCAGUAACUGAAAGAGCAUCUUCUGGUUAAAAUCACAAAUUUAUGCUAUAGCUAGUGAGUCCGUUUAUGUGAAAAAAAUAAAAGCAGUGAACAAUUACACACAAGAGUUUCUCUUAUGAUUACGCAACAUCAUUAACUUCGUUAAGAAAAGUCUUGUCUUGCAUUGUGUACUGAAUGAUUAUUGUGACAAACAUCUGUGAAGAAUAAAUUGAUAGCAGCUGUAGAAAAAACAAAAUGAUCAAUGUAAAUAGAAUGUAAUUAUGGCAUGAAUGAAUGGAAAAGACCAGCAACAUCUGCCAGUCUGCUGACAUUGGUCGUCACAAAAUAUAGCAAUUGGAUAAAUUUCUAUCAGUCUUAUAUUUUCUUGUGCACAUUUUUCUCUUGAUAUAUACAUAUAAUUUAAUACAUAAGAAAAUAUAUAUAUAUAUAUUCUCUGAUUCUAUCUCUAUAAUUAAAUCUUGAAAUAAAAGUGACAAUGUGGUUUUUUAUACUUUUUUAUUCAUUAUUUAUAUUACGAAAAUCUGAAACUGCAAGUGAUGUAAUAUCUGUAAAAGAAGUGAAAGCUGGACACUUAGCUGAGCUUCCAUGCUUAAGCAUUGAUGAACAUCAUCGUUUUAUGUUCUGGCAACUUGGAAAUAACGAUGUCAUUGGUCCAGGAAAUCCUUUAAAUGCAAAGAAAUAUAAUUAUGAAGUAUUGACUGGCACACUUCAGAUAAGAGGUGUGUCAACAGCAGAAUCUGGAUUUUAUAAAUGUAUUUCGAAAGGUUUAUUCGACGAGUCUAAAUUGAAGAUUAAUUCUGUUGAAUUAAUAGUAAAAAAUGAUUGGGAAAAAGUUUGGGAAAAUGAUUUUGAGACAAAUCUGUUACGAGGAAUGACUGCUGUUAUGGUAUUGGUGCUUGCUAUAGCUAUUGUUCUUCUAAUUAUUACCGUUAAAAGAAAGAAAAGUCAAAGAUUCUUUGAUCUCGAAGAGUCGAGAGAUAAUUCUCCAGCACGAUAUACGCCGAAUAAUGCGCCCGGUGUUUCAUCAAGUGCCGAGAAUGCUGGAGUUGAUAAUGCCGCUGUUGACAUUGAUUUUCCUAAAGUAUUUAAACAAAUGCAGAAAGAACAAGCAAUGCCGUAGAUUGUAAUUGUAAAAUAGGAGAAUUACAACAGGAACUUUUUAAGAAUAUUUGAUAU